AGGAUAUGGGGGAGGAAGGCGGUUGCUUCCAUGAAGCCACCAUCAUGGGCCAAGACGGAAUCCCUCGGACAGUUAGGGUUCCGGUGGUGCAGGAACUUGCACGUCAAGGGCUCAAAUUCUUGCCGGAGCGGUUCAUCAAGGCGCGCAACCCUAGCCAUGAGGCCAAUAUCACCCUUCCAAUGUUUCCAUCCAUCAACAUGGCUAAACUAGGACAGCAGGCUGAGCCCGGUGUCCGAGCCCAAGAACUAGCCCAACUAGCUAGUUGUGCCAAGGAAUGGGGUAUGUUUUUGGUCACGGACCAUGGGAUACACCCUAGUGUUGUGCAUGGUGUGAAGGAUGUUGUGCAAGGGUUUUUCCGGUUGCCGUUGGAGGAGAAGAGGGCGAGCGUUGGAUCGUAUGCAAGCAUCGACAACAUGGGCUAUGGCCGGAACUUUGUGAAGUCGGAGGAUCAGGCAUUGGACUGGAUCGAUCGUCUUGCCAUGAAGGCUGCACCCAAAGGUGUGGAUGAAGGACUUCUUGUAUGGCCUCAGAAGCCUCCAAAUUUCAGGCAAGUCAUGGCAAAAUACGUAGAGCAAGGAAGAAAACUCUGCGACCAUCUUCUUCAAGCUCUUGCAGAAGCCUUGUCCCUCAGCCCACAUGAUUUCAUCCAAAAUUUUGAUCCAGAAUGGAGUGAAAUCAACGUUAGAGUAAACUAUUAUCCACCAUGUCCACAGCCGGAGCUGGCCUUGGGCAUAACCCCACACUCAGAUGCAAGUGGACUCAGUCUUCUAACCCAGUUCGGGUGCAGCGGAGGCCUCCAAGUGCUCAAGGGCCUGAACUGGGUGACAGUGCCAUGGCCAUGCGACGAGUUGCUGGUAAAUGUAGGUGAUCUGCUUGAGAUAAUGAGUGAUGGGAGGUUGAAGAGCCCUUGGCAUAGAGUGGUGGCUACGGAGAAGGAGCGAUUUUCAGUUGCUUUGUUCUAUAAUCCUCCUUGUUCAACCGAGAUUCAACCUGUUGAGGAUGGAGAUGGGGCUUAUAAGAAGGUUGUUGUGGGAGAUUAUGUGCGGCAUUUUUAUGAGAUUAGUCCUACUUUGGAGAAGCAGGCUAUCGCCUAUGCAAAAAAAGCUUGAUAAUAUGGCUUGAUGUGGUACCAUAUUAUGUUAUGCUUUAUAGUACAUUUUUCAAUCGCCAUCAGUAUUAUUCUAUUUAAUUUAAUUUAAUUCAAUUUU